AUGGCCUCCGACUACUACGAUUCCAAGUUGUUGGAGACGGCGAGGCGGCUGCUGGAGGUGACCUCCAUAACUGAGGCAGAGGCGGAGGCGGAGCAGCUGCCCAGAUUGCCCUCGGGGUUCUACGACGCCUUCGUCCUCGGGGGAAUCCUCGUCGUCCAGGCCCUCCAGCCCGGCACACUCCUCUGCCAUUUCACCGUCCCCUCCAGACUACUGAAUUCGGGCGGCUUCCUGCACGGCGGUGCAACCGCCUCCCUAGUCGAUUUGGUUGCCUCCGCCGCCUUCGCCACCGCCGGUCUCCGCACCAGGGGCUCGCCCCUUGAGAUGAACAUAUCCUACCUUGAUGCUGCUUUUGCUGAUGAAGAGAUUGAUAUCGAAGCGAAGGUUCUGCGCGCUGGCAAGGUAGUAGGGGUGGCUGUUGUGGAACUGAAGAAGGAAUCUGGCAAAAUCAUCGCUCAAGCUCGCUACUCCAAGUACCUUGGUGUAGCAUAUAGUAAACUCUGA